AUGGUAUAUAAUUUGACCCGUUUCUUAAUUAGCGGAUUAACAGACGAGGAAUUACUUUCAAUUGCUAGUUGGAUUGAAUUUUAUGAAAAAGAUUAUAAAUUUGUUGGUGUUCUUUUUGGAAUUUAUUAUGACCGAGAUGGAAAUCCAACACCUUUACUUGAUAAUAUAAAUUCCAAAAUUUCUCAACUAAAAAUACAAAAACAACAAAAAUCAAUCGAUAUGGAGGCAUUUCCACCUUGUAAUUCUGAAUGGCGCAAAGAGACGGGAGGUCGAGUUUGGUGCACUACAAGAAGUGGAGGGGUGGCUCGUGAAUGGGUUGGAGUGCCUCGUCUUUUAUUUGAACCUACAACUCAAAAUCAACGUUGUGUUUGUGUCAAAAAUUUUGGUGCUCCCUUAUCAAAUUUGGGCGUAGAUAAAAAACAAAUAAAAGGAGGAGAAAGUCGUGGGGAUUUGGACAAUCCUAAUUUAAGAGAAUAUAAAGAUUGUGUGCCAACUGCUAAUUCUUGUAAAUUAUCCAUUGAUUGA